UUUGUUUUCAAAUGAAAUCUUUUGAACUUUGUUCAAUCAAAGAAUCCUGAAAAACUGUAUCAUGGUUUCCAGAAAAAAAAAAAAAGAAGCUGCUCAACUGUUUUCAGCAUCGAUAAUAAUAUUCAGAAAUGUGUCUUGUGCAACAAAUCAGCCCAUCUGAAGGAUUUCUGAAGGAUCAUGUGACACUGGAGACUAGAGUAAUGAUGCUGAAAAUACAGCUUUGAUCACAGAAUUAAAUUACAUUUGACAGUAUAUCCAAAUUGAACAUUGUUAUUUUAAAUUAUAAAACUGUUUUAGAAUUUUACUGAUUUUAAUCUAUUUCUGAUCAAAUAAAGGCAGCUUUGAAUGGAGUGUAUGUACAGAUAUAACAGAUGUUAACACAAGCUGCCUGAUAAAUCCAUUAAUAAACGGUGACAAAUCACAAAAUGAAUAGUUCUGACAUUAAAUUCUGGUGUUUUUAUACAAUAGACGAUAUACAUUGUCUCAGUGUGACAAAAAAACAGCUAUGCCGAUGUGCUAUAUUAAGUGACAGAAGAUUUGUUUAUUCUGAUUAUUACUAGUCAUUUAUAAAUUAUAUUUUGUUUCUAGCAUCUUGUAAAAGGCAUUUGAACUGUAGAAACGUCAUGUUUUGUCUAACAACACCUCAUGCCUAUUCUCCAGUCAUGGACCGCAGGAACACUCGGUGUGUGCUUUAUGUGGGAACUGUGGCCUUGGGAGAGCCAAAAAUGGUAUUCAGCUUCUUUUUUUGGUACUGUCAUCAGCGUGUGCCUGUGUUACGAGAGGCCAAAUGGAGCUGAUGAGGUCAGAGAAUCUGUAAAGCCACAGUGGAAAUCAGUGGGCAGAAACUGUGCGAAGCCUGUUCCUCUGGAAGAGGUACGUGAGGUCAGGGAGAGGGAGGACGGGCAUCUCCAGAGACGUGGAUCCAGGGGUGAACAGUCAAGUUUUUGGAGAUUUGGAGAUGCAGCUGCACUCUACAGCGGUCCCCGGGGCCCAUUGGCCCUAGGUUAAGGCCUCUGAGACUUCCCGUGGCACCUGAACAGUGGAGCGAUGGUUGUAGAGAGUGGCACAACCCUCCCUUCACUCAUCCUCUCGCUCAGACGCAAGACUGGCGAGAAGGAAGAGAGAUCGACGAGAGGCAGAAAGAGUUUCUCAAAACGGCUCCGAGAACUUCAGACGUCCUCUUAACUUGGAUAACUGCGAAUUGAGGAAAGCAUGGCCAAAGACAUGAAGAACCGACUCGCUUUCCUGAGAAGGAGGAAUGAGUCUCCCGGAAGCACCCCAGUCGGCAAGCCCGACAAAUCCAUGUCCAAGUCUGUCAAGCCCACUCCAGAAGAGGCAAUGAAGUGGGGUGAAUCUUUGGACAAGCUACUCAUCCAUAAAUAUGGGCUGGCGGCGUUUAGAGCUUUCUUGCGCACAGAGUUUAGUGAAGAGAAUCUGGAUUUCUGGCUGGCCUGCGAAGAUUACAAGAAGAUUAAAUCACAGUCCAAGAUGGCAUCGAAAGCUAAGAAAAUCUUUGCGGAAUUCAUCGCUAUCCAGUCUUGUAAGGAGGUGAAUUUGGAUUCCUCCACCAGGGAACACACUAAAGAGAACUUACAAAACAUCAGUCGCUCUUGCUUCGACCUGGCCCAGAGAAGGAUAUACGGCCUUAUGGAGAAAGACUCGUACCCUCGAUUUCUGCGCUCAGAACUCUACGUGGACUUAGUGAAUCAAAAGAAACCCAUCACCACAUCGACAUCAUCGUCCUCCUAAGAUGACAGAGAGAGACUAUAAAAAGUAGCAUUGGAGAGGUUUCUUUCACUUCUCAUUUCAUUCUCAUCAGCCAUUCUGUGUGUUGACGUGGCGAAAAGACAAGGAGUGGAGAAAUGCUCAAGGCAUCGUUUACAGGUGGUGAAAGAGAAAGAAAAAUGAAUUGUGACCUGAUCUAAUGGUGCUGGACGAGUUGGGCACCACCAUGCUGAAUAAUGCUGGUUAUUCCCAUUUGAAUUAUUUUAUUUAAUUGGUUUUCCAAGUGUGCUGGAGAAAUUAGAGGCGAUUAUUUAACUCUAAGACAGCUGGGUACUGUUUACCAUAUUUCUCAUCUUCACGGCCACCGUGAGAAGAGUCUUCUGCAACCAACCUCUCUUUGUUCUCCAUUUCAUGAUGAUUUUCCUGGACAUUUCACAAAUGAGUCGUCCCUAAGGGGAUGGAUGUCUGGAUGGCACGUAGAAAAUGACAAUGAUCAUGCACUUAUCGCUCAGUGGUGUUCCUGUGAACCAUCAUCCAUGUCUGUCGACUCCAUAUCAUAUGAAGGGGUGCAAAAAUGCAUGCACAAAACAUAAUUUAAAACACAAUUCAUAAAUAAAUAACGCUCUAGAGGAAUGGACUAAACUGCAGCUGAACACUGGAGCAUUUCGCUCUGAACUUGAAAUGGACUUGAAAUUGGUCGUUGGUCUCUAAAGAGUACAAAACAUGCUUAGCUGCGAUAUGUAAAGCCAAUAAGCCAUUUGUUGUAGCUCCACAUUAAGAAUUGAAGAGUCAGUAUUCUCAGGACAUUAUGGCACUCAACUAUGAAGCUUCCAGACUUAUUUUAACCUUCUGUUUCUAUGCUUAAUUUUUUUUUUUUUUCUGACUUUAGGUUUAAUCAUGCAGUCUAUAUUUAAUAGCGGUCAUUUAGGAUAUUUCCCUAUAUUUGUUAAUAAGACAACAUAUUUUACAAAUACAGAAAAGUAGUUAUUUAUUUAGGGGUUUCACUGGUUGCUUUGUUCAUUGCACUCAGCUGAACUUCCCUUUUCCACUUUGGACCAGGUCCACAGCUGUCCUGAUGUAAGUGCAAUAUGUUUAUUAUUUUAGUUUUUUUUUUUUGACUUAUCUCAUGGAUAAGUUUACCUUUUUUAUGAAAAGACAAUGGAUUGAGAUCUGUAUUAAUUUUAUUGUAAGUUGCAGGUAAUGUAAGAAUUACAUUACAGUACACAAGUUAUUCUAUCUGUGUUUCCCUGGCAGCAGGCAGCCAGGUUAAUGGAUGUAUAUAUGAUUCUUAAGAAAAAAUGGCAAAAAUAUAAAAACACACAAGGUUUUGUGGGUGUACCAUGAAGCAUUGGUGUACCUAUGUAAAUAUGUGAACCUUAAAGCGAUAAAAUGACAUGUAUUGUUAUAAAUCGGGGCCGAGCAGGUAUGGUCGUCCUAUGCCUUGGACGUACACUGCUUGUAAGUAGUUUUAUGAACUGUACUUUAGCAUUUUCACUGUUUACAAUUCCAACGCAUCUCCUAACUUAGCAAGUGCAAAAGAAAUAGAGAUUUAAAAAGCCAGUGUCAUUGCGAAACACAAAUAAAACAUUAAGAUGGUAAAAA